AUGUCGAGCUGUAUACUAUUCUUAUUAUUUAUAAUUAAAUCACCAUCUAUUUUAAAUUUUAUUAUAAUUUGCAAUAGAAAUAGGCAUUUACUACAGAAAUUUUAAUUAGUUUUAAAUCAAUAUAAAAUAUUUUAAUAAAAUAAUUAAUUUAUUUUGAAUAGAAUUCAGGUUUAUUUUUUAAAUGAAUAUAGUAUAAUAAAUUUUCUCACUUAGUUGCAGAGCCUUUGGACCCUAUAAAUCUUGUGAUUAUCAAUUUCGCUAAAAAUACAGACCCGAAGAAAGUAAUGCUUGGUGUUGGGGCUUAUAGAAAUGAAGAGUUGCAGCCUCAUAUUUUCAAUGCUGUAAAAGAAGCUGAAAAACGGUUAAUAGAAGAUGAAAAUGCGACAUAUGAAGAAUUGCCUCCUGAAGGACAUGCAGAGUUUAAUGAACUAGUAACAGAACUGCUGCUAGGGAAAAAUAAUCCUGCUAUCUUAGAAAAUAGAGUUGCAUCUGUUCAAUGUUUAGGGGGAACUGGAAGUUUAAGGGUCGGUGCUGAAUUUAUACUGUUUUGUAGCAAUUUUGGCAAGGAAAAUGCUCUGCUUUAAAUAUAAAAUGGUCUUAUAAUCAAUUAAAUUAAAUAAGAAUAUCAAAGAAAAUAUAAAAUCUGAAUUUAUUUAUUUCCCAGAUCCUACAUGGCCAAAUCAUUAUAAUGUUUUUGGGUUUUCAGGUGCAGAAAUUAAGCAUUAUCAUUAUUGAAACUCUGAGUUAAAAGGGCUGGAUCUUGAAGGAUUUUUGAGGGACUUAAAUGAGAUGCCUACUGGAUCAAUUGUGCUGCUUCAUGCUUGUGCUCAUAAUCCAACAGGUGUAGAUCCUACUCAAGAAGACUGGGAAAGAAUCAUUGAUGUAAUUUGCCAAAGGGACUUAAUGCCAUAUUUUGAUGCUCCUUAUAUAGGUUUUGCAUCAGGCGACUUUGAUAGAGAUAUAUCUAUAUGCAUUUUUAUUUUUUUAAAAUAAAAGAAAAAAUAAUUAGCCAUUUUAUUAAAAAUAAUGAUGGAAAAAUCUGGGAUACAGUCUACAUAUGCAAUUAAACGAUGUAUAGAACGAGGACUCCAAUUCCUCAUUUCUUUAAGUUUUGGCAAAAAUUUUGGCCUAUACGGAGAUCGUAUAGGCUCAAUCCAUGCAAUUUGCCAAGAUCAAGAAACUAAAGAAAAAGUCCAAUGUGCUUUAGGAAGCAUAACGAAGUCAAUGUUUGGCAGUGGAUCAGCGCAUGGUGCAAGAAUAGUAGCAACAAUCCUUAAGGAUCCUGAACUUAGAGAAAACUGGCUAAAUGAACUUAUUAGUGUCUCACAAAGAAUGCAAAAUAUGAGGAAGUUGUUAUAUGACGAAUUAGUAUUAUAUAAAUAUAUGAAAAUUCAUUGUAAAUAAUACAUAUAUAUUAUUGAGAGAAAUUAUAUAUAAAGGUAUAAGAUUAGAAGCUCCAGGAAACUGACUACAUAUUAAAACUCAGAUUGGAAUGUUUUGCUAUACAGGUUUGACUCCACAGCAGUGUGAAAAUAUGAUAGAAAAGUGGCAUUGCUUUAUGCUUAAAAAUGGGAGAAUGGCAAUCUGCGGGUUAAAUACAAAAAAUGUUGGUUAUGUGGCCCAAGCAUUUAGAGACUCACUGAAUUUUUAA